AUGACGUCGGCAGCCUCUGAAUCUGUAGCGACUAUUCUCUGCAACUCCAAACAAACCCGCUUUCAAAUCACCAAUCAUCGCGAGCUUGACAUUGAUGGAGUCAACAUCACCGUAACCUCAGGCGACAAACCUUCUGGCAAGGGGAAGGCAAAGUCAAAAGGCGAGGGCAUUGAGAUUCUCGCUGGGGCCAAGCUCCGUCUGAAGGAGGGCCAAAGAUAUGCUCUUGUAGGACGCAAUGGAACUGGAAAGUCUACACUACUCAAAGCCAUCGCCGAGAAACUCAUCCCAGGCAUCCCAGAGGAGACUAGGAUUGCUAUUCUACAGCAAACUAGACUGACUGAUCAAAAGCCUGAGGAGAUAUCCGACACCAAUAAUGACGACAAAGCAUCUGUGCUAGAACAAGUCAUCGAAAAGGCUACAGCCAAACAUGCCAUCGAACAGGAUAUAAAGGAUCUAACAGAAGGGAUAAAUUCCUCUGAUCCUUUUACCCCAGUCAAAGCAUUGAGGCAUCUCAAGCACAGAAAGCAUCAAGAGCGUCUCUUCCGUCUCGAUAAAGAUGCUCGGCUUCGCAGUGGCGCUCGCGGUAUGCAAGCUCGCAAGGCACUCACUGCUUUCGAAAAGGUCGUAGCUGAAUCGAAUGAACUGCUGGAACAAUCCAAUGAGGAUAUCUCACCAGAAACUCUUCAAGCUGAGACCCAAGAGGCAGUCGAUAUGCUCGCCGAUCUUCAACUACAGGCCGAUCCAACUCGUGUAUCAGAGAUUGAGUCCAAGGCUAAAAAGAUCCUCACCGGUCUAGGCUUUUCUGAAGCUCUUAUCCAGAAACCCAUCUCGAGCUUGUCUGGAGGCUGGCACAUGCGUGCUUCUCUUGCUACUGCGCUGAUUCAAGAAACCGAUAUCCUCAUCCUCGAUGAGCCUACCAACUUUCUCGACCUCUUGGGAAUCAUCUGGCUCCAACGCUAUCUUCAGAAUCUAGAAGAAACAGGGAACCCACCAACCCUCAUUCUCGUAUCACACGAUCGUGACUUCAUCUCUCUUUGCACGGAUCUGCUCAUCCUCAAAGACAAGCAGCUUACUUACUUCCAUGGCGAUUUUCCCACUUACGAGGCAUCGCAAAGUGAGCGCAAACAAUGGCUUACCACCAUGAAAGAAGCUCAGGACAAGCAAAAGGCGCAUAUCGAGAAGUCUAUCGCCGCCAACAUGAAAGCUGGCAAGGCCAACGACGAUACCAAUAAACUCCGUCAGGCCAAGUCUCGUCAGAAGAAGCUUGAUAACCGCUGGGGUUUACAAGUCAGUGCCAGGGGUGGCCGUUUCAAGCUCAAUCGGGAUCUUGUUGGCUUUCACUUGACUGCGCGUGAUGACAUCGACAUUCCACCAGAAGACCGCCCUGUCGUGGUGAAUCUUCCUGAACCACCUGACCUGCGCUUCCCUGGUGCUCUGAUCUCUCUCGAGAAGGUUGCGUUCCGAUAUUCAGCCAAGACACCACUGAUUGUCCAGGACAUCACUCUCUCUGUCGGCAUGGGGGAUCGUAUUGGUAUUCUUGGCCUCAACGGAGCGGGCAAGUCGACGCUCAUCAAACUCCUCGUCGGUGAGACUCGACCUACAUCCGGAACUCUAAGUACACAUCCCCGAUUGAAGUUGGCAUACUACUCGCAGCAUGCCGUUGAGGCACUGCAGUCUCUUGGUCGUGAAGAACCAGCCCUUACAGCUCUUGCUCUUCUCACUCGCGAAGUCGAAGGCGAACUCACAGAAGGAGACCUUCGUGGUCUCUUAGGCCAACUUGGCCUUCCAGGUCGCAUUGCAUCUGACGUGCCCCUGUGUAAACUAUCUGGAGGGCAGGUGGUGCGUUGUGAGCUUGCUCGCCUCCUGUGGCGACGACCUCAUUGUCUUGUUCUUGAUGAAGUCACGACUCAUCUUGAUUACGAGACCGUGACUGCACUGAGAGAAGCAUUGAGGGAUUGGGAGGGUGCAGUGAUUUUGGUUAGUCACGAUCGAUGGUUUAUGCGAGGCGUGAUUGAGGGAGCGGUCGAUGACGAUGAGGAAACAGACGAAGAUGACGACGAUGAGGAAGUCAUGCGAAGAAGGAUCGUGUACAGGUUGAAGGGUGGCAAGAUGGAUACACUGGAAAAUGGUGUGGAUGAGUUUGAACGGCUCAUGGAGAGGAGGGUCAAGAAGCUGCUUCAAGACUAG